AUACAAUACUUUUUUCUACGAGUGAUCUAAAACUUCUUACUUGAAAAUUGGUAAGUGCCUUAGUAGACCACAAUGUAUACUACAACAAUAUUUUGGAACGUUAGCUUGUGAAGAUGUUCUUGAAAUCGACUGUGCUAUAGUUGGGUGGUUUUGUACUGAUUUUUUGUUUAUCUUUAUAUUAAAUAAGUGGAGGAUGAAGAGUUGCACGCGGAAGGUGCACUGGCGCUGCUGCUGCGGCUGUGCUGUUGGGCCAGAGUUGCGCCGAGACGCGUGCGCACCCGCAGCGGCUGGAGCUUCGAAACAUCCGCGUCACUUGCGUCGCUGCAGGCCUUCGGGAUGACAUUGCUCAAUGCGGCAAUUAUAACUAGUAUAAUCCUGGACUUCUACCAAGAGCCAGAAAAGCGACUCCGAGUCGGCGCCACUUUUUUGAAGACGGUCAUUUGGCUCACUGAGAUAGCGUUGGUUAUGGGUAUUGCCAGCCUCGCUGUAUACACAGGACCCGCCCAGGUGGAGUGCUUGAAGAGAGUACUAAAGCAGUUACAAAAGAUCAAUUCGGACCUGAACUUAAACAAUCCAUCUGCUAAAACUGAAAAAAUAAAAAGUAUCAUAAUGGUUAUCUUGCUGACGUGGGUGGUCUUCAUUAUGAUUAUGGAUGUUGUUUUUUAUUACCCACAUAGUUUAGAGGAGGGAACGGUGUGUAUAUUGUGCCUGCAACUUCCAUUCUACGUCGCGCACUUGUUGUGGUGGCAGGCGGUUCUGCGCUGGGCUCUCACAGUGGAGGCCGUGCAUGGUGCUGCUGCAACUGUUAACCAUCGCUUGCAAUCGAUUCGUCUUGCUACGAUGAAACCAGUAUCGAUGAAGCUGGAUGAGUUCCUGAGCAAACCUCGCUCCAUCGGCACUCUACUGAACUGUAUUAGGGAUCCAGCCUUGACAGCGAAGACGACUGAAUUGGGAAUCCAAAACUUCACUUAUCCAGCGCAAGUAAAAACCCUGAUUCGGUGUCUCGCUCUCUCAUACGAGCGUAUUGGCGACAUCAUGAGACAGAUGAACGAAACCAACGGCUUAUUGCUCAUGAUCAUACUCACGACCACUUUCAUGAAACUGGUUGUAACGCCAUACUACAUGUUGAUAUAUGCACUUGAUGACGAGAGCAACGUGGUGUUUGAUGUGAUGCUGUCCCUGAACUGGAGUCUCGCCAUCCUGGCUAUUCUGGUACUGACCAUAGAGCCAUGCCACAGGGUGCAUUCACAGAGGGAGCGCACCGAAGUCCUAGUUAGACAGCUGACAGCACACCUGGCUCCAAGUAGGCAGCUAUCCAAGGAACUGGAGCAGUUCACUAAGCUAAUCGUGCUGAACAAGCCCAGAUUCACGGCGCUUGGAAUCUAUACCCUGGAUCGACCGCUUAUGGCGAUGAUGCUGAGCGGUAUAACAACGUAUUUAGUCAUCAUCAUACAAUUUCAAAAGUUUUCUCACAAACUAGAGUACGACUAACAAGAUUUUUAAACAUGAGAUAAUUUUUAAAUAUUUCUCUUCAAAUUCCUUUUUUACCUCGCUAGCUCGAAAGAACUUUA